AUGCUCAGGACCCUUGUGCUGGCGCUGCUGGCUCUGGUCACCGCCGUGGGCCCGAGCCAGGCCAGUGGCUUCACAGAAAAAGGCCUCUCCCUGCUGAGCUACCAGCUGUGCAACUACAGCGUGAGCCAGAAUGUCCAGAGCGUGGAGGCCGUGCACACAUCCCGCCUGACCUACGUUCCCUGCGGCUGGUGGGUCCCCUGGCGGCGCUGCCCCAAGACCGUCUACCGGACCCAGUACCUGGUGGUGGAGGUUCCUAAGCGGAGGAACGUGACUGACUGCUGCGAGGGCUACCAGCAGCUGGGCCUCUACUGCGUCCUGCCCCUGAGUCGGUCUGAGGAGUUCGCAUCCAGACCCGGGAUCUGCCCGGGGGUGAGGCCAGAGGCGUCUACCUCGCCAUGCACCCUGGAUGCGGACUGUCCCGGUCUUCAGAAGUGCUGCCCUUCGUCGGGGGGCCCCCGCUGCUCGGCCCCUGCUCCCCGAGCUCCAGAGAGGAAGCUGGAGAGUUUCUGGUACAACGUGACCGUCCUGGUGAAGAUGGACUUCGCGGAGCUCCAGCAGGUGGACCCCAGGCUCCUGGAUCACAUGAGGCUCCUGCACUCCAUGGUCCUGGGAGCCCAGCUGGGGGCAGGCGCUGUUCACCACCCCCUGACGGCGCCUGCCCAGGGUGGUGGCCUGACCUCAGGAGCCGCCUCCCAGGGUUUCAAGUCCGCUGAGGAGGGCGCAGGCUCCAGGGCCCCCAAAACACCUUUCCGGUUCCCAGGGGAGACCUGUGGGUUUGUUGGCAAAGCCUGCUUCGGUGAUGCCCUUCUGCCUGGUUUCCGUCUGGAGACCCUACGACUCGACUCCCCAGCAGACGUCGACGAAUGCUCCUAUGACGAGCUCAACGCCUGCCCCGGGAGGGGACGGUGUCUCAACACGGAGGGCUCGUACCAGUGCCUCGGUCGCCCCGAGUCGCCCACCUCGUCCCCCCAGAAGCCGGAUGGCACCUGUGAAGACUGCCCUCCCGUCCGGGACCUCGUGGUCCGCAAUGUCACCAGCAGCAGCUUUCGGGUGUCUUGGAGUUUAAAUUCCACCCAGAACUGCACUUUGCAGGUGCAGGUUUACCAGGGUGAGGAGCUGCUCAGGAACUCCAGCACCCGGGGCACGAGCCUGGAGGUGGCCGGGCUGGAGGCCGGAGUGCUGUAUGGGGUGAGGACCAGCUACCAGGCAUGCUGGGCCAACGCCAGCGCCGCGGCCGCCGUCAGGACCGAUGCCCGGGUGUUCGAAGUCACAGUCAGGAUCCUAAACCGCAACUUGACAGAGGGGCUGCUGGACCGCGGGAGCCCCGAGUUCCAGAACUUCUCCCAGCAGCUGCUGCACGAGGUUGCAAGCUCCUUUCCGCCGGCGCUUUCUGACUUGUACCGAAGAGGGAAGCUGAGGAUGCAGGUGGUGUCUCUCCGGGCCGGCAGCGUGGCGGUGCGGCUGAGACUGACGGCGCGGGACCCCGAGUUCCCGGUGGGCGUGUCCACGCUGUCGCCCCUGCUCCCGCCUCUGUGGGCGAGCACCGCGUUCCAGGUGGACCCGCGGGGGACGCUCGUGCGAGACUGGGACGAGUGCGCGGACAGCCUGGAGAACGACUGCUCGCCGGCCGCCCAGUGCAUCAACCUCGAGGGCUCGUACACCUGCCGGUGCCGGACGGCCAGGGACGCCCACCCCUCCAGGCCGGGCCGGGCCUGUGACGGUGACGCGGUGAGCCCCACGGGUGGUGCGCCGUCUCCGGUGACAGGCGAAACAGCCCCAGGUCCCAGCACAGAAACAACAGCCCUCGGCCUGGAGACCCCCACCUUGUCCCCCAGCCCUGGAUACCCGUGGCGCGCCACCGCAGCAGGCCAGGCCUGGACCCCGGGGCUCCCACCCGGGAGAGGGGUCAGCGGCAUGCUCGGUCACGGCAGGAACAGCACUGGGCAAGCCGUGGAGGAGGAGUUGCCCCCAAACUCCACCACGGAGCCGCUCUUCCGGCCCGCUCCUACCCAGGGCCCCACGGACCACCACGAGUGGCACGCCAGCCUCCCCACGAGGGACACGCCGCCAGUACCUCUGGACCCCGCGUGGCCACAAAACUCAGACCCUGGACCCUCCGGCUCCCCAGACCUGCCCUCGGCCACCACGCCUGCAUCUCUGAAGACCCCAGCCUGCGCUCCCAUACCCAUCAGAAGGGUCACCGUCUCCAAUGUGACCAGCACGGGCUUUCACGUGGCAUGGGCGGCGGAUCUCACCCCGCGCCCCACUUUCCAGCUCACCCUGAUUUCUGCGCGGACCCCCACCGUGCACCUGGAGAGCCGGAACGCAAGCCUGACACUGUCUGGCCUAGAGCCUGGCGUUUUGUACCUGGUGGAGAUCGUGGCCAAAGCAUGUGGAAAAGAAAGUGCCAGAGCCCACCUGAAAGUGAGGACAGCGGCCCAGAAGCUCAGUGGAAAAGUCAGAAUAGCAAAUGUCAAGUAUUUAGAAUCCUUCCGCAACGCAAGCAGCAAGGAGUACCAGGCCUUCCUAGAGCUAUUCCUUAGGACGGUGCGGAGUUCCUUGCCAGCCUCCAUGCUUCAGCACCUGGACACAGGUGGGGUGCAGGUGGAAGUGACCCGCGUCUCCAGCGGCAGCGUCGUGGUGGAGUUCAACUUGCUGGUCAUCGCAGACGUGGAUGUCCGGGAGGUGUCUGCCACGUUCCUGGCCGCCUUUCAGAAUGCCUCUCUGCUGGAGGGGGUCGGAGGUGACCCCUUCAUAGUGGAUUACGACGAGUGUGAGCGCGGGGAGGACGACUGCGCCCCGGGCUCCUCCUGCCGCAACAGCCUGGGCUCCUUCACCUGCAGCUGCGAGGGAGGCGCCCCCGGCCUCCCCGUGGAGUAUUCUGGAAGACCCUGCCAAGGCGACUCUCCUGGCAACACACCCCAGGGCCCCGGCCCAGAGCAGCCCCCUACCCCAGCAGGACCUGGGGCUGCCUCUGUGCAGGGCGCCCGCCCGUCCCUCCAGGGCCUGUCCCCGCGGCUGAACCUGACCGGGGCCGCCAGGGUGCUCUGUGAGAUCGAGAAGGUGGCCAUCGCCAUCCAGAAGCGCUUCCUGCAGCAGGAGUCCAUCCCUGAAUCCUCCCUGUACCUGGGACACCCGUCCUGCAAUGUCAGUGACCACAACAGCACGCACGUGAUCCUGGUGGCCGCGUGGGGCGAGUGCGGAACCGUCGUGCAGAGUAACAUGACAAAUACCGUGGUGAGGACCACGCUGAGGAACGACCUGUCCCCAGAGGGCAUCAUCCACCACCUGAAGAUCCUGAGCCCCAUCCACUGUGCCUUCCAGAAUGACCUCCUGACGUCAUCAGGCUACACCCCGGAGUGGGGGGUUUACACCGUCAUUGAGGACCUCCAUGGCGCUGGAAGUUUUGUCACUGAAAUGCAGUUAUUUAUUGGAGACUCUCCUAUUCCUCAAAAUUAUACCGUGUCUGCCAGUGAUGACGUCAAGAUUGAAGUAGGGCUCUAUAAACAGAAAAGCAACCUCAAGGUGGUCCUGACCGAGUGCUGGGCGACGCCAUCCAGCAACGCCAGGGACCCGGUCACGUUUGGUUUCAUUAACAACAGCUGCCCUAUCCCCAAUACACACACGAAUGUGAUUGAGAACGGGAACUCCAACAAGGCCCAGUUUAAGCUGAAAAUCUUCUCCUUCAUCAACAACUCCAUAGUCUAUCUGCACUGCAAACUCCGUAUCUGCAUGGAAUCCCCUGGAACCACGUGCAAAAUAAACUGCGAUGACUUUCGGUCACUGAGAAAUGGUGAGCCCUCUGCAACGCACCAGAUGUCCUGGGGACCCCUGAUUCGGUCCGAAGGAGAAGCUCCAGCUGCAAAGCCGGGCCUGGGAGCCAGUUACCUGGUCCUCAUCCUGGUGGCCGCCUUUGCCUUGGUGGCGGGGCCAGCUGCCCUUCUCAUCAUGCGCUACCAGAGAAUGACCGGAAAAUACAACUUCAAAAGCCAGUCCGACAACUUCAGCUACCAGGUGUUCCACGAAUAG